AGUAGAUACUAGAUAGUAAUAUUGUUAAAUAACGAGUAAAACACGUGCAUAUUAGGUAUACUGAUUUGUUUGUAAUAACUAAUAAGUUUGCCUUGUGUUAAAUUUUUGUCACAACUUAUUUUCGUUCAUGUGAUUCACGAGUUAUUGAAUUCGUUCAAUAAAAGUUCGAGAGAAUUUUAAGGGACUUUAUUACUUGUCGUUUCGCGUAAAGGCAGUAACAGCUUUAAAUUUGUUAAUAUGAUUCCUGAAAAACCCGCCACAAAGAUGAAUAAAAAUCAAGAUAAAACUUCUGGACUAUACAAAAUUGCUGCAAAAAUAAUUAAAAAAGUCAAAACUGGAAGCAGCUAUAAAACUCAGCUUUAUCAAGCACAGUAUCCGAAUAAAUUAACAUUGAAUGCUGUAUUGAUGAAUGUUUUUAAAUGGGAAAAGGUAAUAGAUGUAUUAGUAGAAAAAAGCAAUAUUUUGGAAAAAGAGAAUAAUAUGGACCGUGAUUUGGUAUAUGUAUUUAUCACUGAAAUGAUGUGGUCAAAAUUUGGAUUAAAAGGCAAUGCUAAAAAUAUAUUGGCAAUAAAAAAAUAUAAGAAUGAAUUUUUAAAGCUCAUGAAAGAACAUGAUUUAGAAAAACUAUCUGGUUCCAAGUAUACUAAAGUUUUAAAACCUAGGUUUUUCCGCGUUAACACAUUAAUGACUACAAUAGAAGAAAUAUUAGAAAAAUUAUCAAAACUUAAAUUUAAUAAGUUAGAAUCACCAAAAUCGUAUGCUGAAUUUUUGGAAUUAAUAAAAUCUGAUAAAUUCAAAGCAAAAAAUGUUUUUGUUCAAGAUGUUCACAUUAAAGAAUUGUUAGUUUUCAAUUCAAAAGUGAAGUUUUAUGAACUUGAAGAGUACAAUAAUGGAUCAUUAAUUGUUCAAGAUAAGGCAAGUUGUUUGGCUGCUUAUUUAUUAAAUCCAGAACCAAAUAGUACUGUAUUAGAUAUGUGUGCUGCUCCUGGUAUGAAGACAUCUCAUUUAGCUGCUAUUAUGCAAAAUAAGGGUAAACUCUAUGCUGUUGAUCGCUGUAAAGAUAGAUUCAAUAUAAUGCAAAAAAUGUUGGAAAGAUAUAUGGUACAAAAUGUGGAAACAUUCAAUAUGGAUGCAUUGACAUUUCCUUAUUAUGAUGAUGUGAAAUAUAUACUUUUGGAUCCAUCAUGUUCUGGUUCUGGUAUUGUGGAUAGAGUUCGGAAUGAUUCAUCAGAACAAAAUCAAAAUUAUUUUCAAACGAGAUUAAAAAAAUUAGCUAAUGUGCAUGCCCAGUUAUUAAAUCAUGCAUUAAAGAGUUAUCCUAAAUUAGAACGUUUAGUUUAUUCCACAUGUUCAGCAAAUCACGAAGAAAACGAAGCUGUUGUUGAUGAAGCUUUAUCUGUUAAUGGAAAAUUUAAGCUUUUAGAUUGUACUAAAAUAGUGAAAGGCUGGACUAAUAAAGGAGUUCCUGGUUUUGAUUGUUCUGAAAUGUGUCUUAAUGCUAUUCCAAGUGAUGAUUGUACUAAUGGAUUUUUCAUUGCUGUGUUUGUUCGUCGAGAUUUAGAAGAGAAAGAAGUUGUCAAACAGGAAAAAAAUGUUGAAGAUAUUGUUGUUAAAGAGGAAGAAAAUAUUGUUGAUGAAGAAGAAAAUAUUGCAGACAACGAAGAGGAAAAACUUAUUGAAAAUACUAAAAUUAUUAAUAAGAAGAAUAAAAAAGCUAAUAAAUCAAUUGUUAUUAAUACUGACAGUAAUGUAGAGAGUAAAUCUAAUAUAAAAAAACAAAAGAAUAUUGAAGAUAAUGUUGUUGUUAAAGAGGAACAAAAUAUUGCAGACAACGAAGAGGAAAAACUUAUUGAAAGUACUAAAAUUAUUAAUAAGAAGAAUAAAAAAGCUAAUAAAUCAAUUUUUAUUAAUACUGACAGUAAUGUAGAAAGUAAAUCUAAUAUAAAAAAACAAAAAAAUAUUGAAAGUACACCAAUAGUGAAAAGUAAAAAUGCAAAAAGAAGAGAAAGAAGGCUCAAACUUGAACAGUCAAAAGGUAAAAAUAACCAAAACACUACAAAAGUUAAGAAACCCAAAAAAACUAAAAAACUAAAAACAGAAGAAAUUUGAUUCUUGUAGUAUUAUUGAUUUUGACUUAUAUUAAUUUCAUUAAAACUUAUAACUAUUAUACUUAUUAUAGACUAUAUUUUUUUAAAAACUUAAUGUUGUCUUCUUAAGUAUUAAUGAUAUUUUUACGGGUUUGAUCUAAUAAAUGCACCAAUAUUUUUUUUGAACAGAAUUCAUAUUUGUAUUGCGCAAUUUUUGAAAAAGGCUAUCUAAAAACUAAUUUGUUUCAUGGUACAAUAAAGCCAAAUCUAUAAUUU